UCGGACUUGUCAGAUUAUUCCUCUCCAUCUUCAAUCUUAAUCAAGCAUGGGAAUAUAGAAUUUUUGGGUUGUGCUCAAGGGUACAGGAGGAAUUUGUAUCAGGGAGCCAUGCGCUUUGAUUAGGUGUUGUGCUUUAAGCUUGUGUCUUCACAUCGAUUGCAUCUCGCGGUGCCGCGCAGGGGAACAAGACGAGAGAGAGAAAGCUCACAUUUGUUGCGUUGGUAGGGAGGAUUCACGAUGACUGAAGCAGGGUUUUUGGGGUGUUGUGGAAGCACCCGAUUUGCUCGAGAGAUGGCGCUGAGGGCCCCGUUUUCUUCUUUGGAUCUCGCUGUGGAGGCAGCACGAGAUAUCUGGUGGAACAAGGUGGACGUUCAAGGAUGGUUGGAAGCAUUUGCAGCACAUCCUCGUAUUGGCGAUAUAGAAUCAUUGCGCACCAAGUUCGCAUCGGAGAGAUUCUGUGGUGAAAAUUCCAUAUUCAGAUUCUGUUCGGGAGAGCAAGAGGCGGCACUCAGUAGCGCCAACGAGCACACUUUGCAGGAGCUGGCCGAUUGGAACCGCAAAUAUGAAGGAAAGUUUGGACAUGUUUUUCUUAUCUGUGCAUCAGGCAAAAGCAGCAGCGAAAUCUUAGCGGCGCUGAAGGAACGAUCUACCAAUCGACCAAUUGAAGAGCUUCAAAAUGCAGCUUCUGAGCAGCAGAAAAUCACGGAGCUGCGUCUUGCAAAGCUCAUGUCGAGUGGCUUUAACAGCUCUGGUGGUGACACUCAAGCUGUAGGUCCGCUAACCAACGUCCCCAAAGCUGCUGUCCUAUCAGCACCCACCCCAAGCACCGCCCCAGCUUCCAACCUCCGUCCUCCCAUAACAACUCAUGUGCUUGAUGUUGCGCUCGGAAAACCCGGCAGUAAUAUAGAUGUCUCACUCCACUUUUUGACGGAGAAUUCCAUUGCUGAAGGUGACCAGGGCUCCUGGACACUCGUAGGAAAUUCGCAAACAGACAACGAUGGUCGAUCUGGGCCUCUAAUGCAACCGUCGAACUAUCUACAACCUGGAACUUACCGAAUAACCUUCAACACCGGGGCAUACUUGGCGAGACUACAUGGAAAUAGUGGGUUUUACCCUUGUGCUAAUGUGGUGUUCAAAGUCCGUCCUUCGCAAUGUGCUGAGCAUUUCCACAUACCGCUCCUGCUGGCGCCAUAUUCCUAUUCCACAUAUCGAGGUAGCUAGACACACAAGCUUGGGAUUCGCUUGGCGCUGGAAGAAACUUAAGAAACAUUGGUUUGGCCAUUAUUUCAAACUUCGGUUGCAUAAUUAAGGUUAAUGUUGCGGAUGGAAGUUUAGCAAUGUCGAUGCCAGGAUCAAUAGUGUGUUGGUCUGGAUGACCACGAGUUCAGUAGAAUAAUAUGUGUACCUGUUCAUAUAGCCAAUCAUAACAUAUUUGUUGAUCUUGUAGCGUUGUGGAGUCGUGUUACCAGCUCAUUUUGUCACUAGUCUUCUGCAAUGGAGAGUUCCAUGCACCUUUCACAAGA